UAUGUCAAUCACUGAUAAUAUACACUCUCAUUGGGAGUCACUUUAAUUGAGAAAAGUUUAGCUUGGGACCAGCCUAUUUUUUGUCGCAAUUGUUUUUUCCUGCAUGGUUGCUUAAUCCUUGAAUGUGACUGACUUUGAUUGGUCAGUGCAAAUCAGGUGGUCGCAGACCCAGUAUGGAAGUCUUGAUGGUCCACAUGUUUGAUUUGGUGAAGAUGCCAUUCCUGAGGCAACCAUCCCCUUGGGAUCAGAACUAGGAGUGCACUGGCUUGUAAAUGAUAGCAUGCGCAAGCAUUCAUGCACCACUGAAUGCAUCAGUGUGCACUCGGGGUUCAGUAUCUUGCCCAAGAAUACUUUGGCAUACUGGAAGAACCAGGGAUCAAACAACCAACUUCGUGAUUAGCAGAUGAGAUGCUCUACCACGCCAUGGCUGAGUUGCGGACGUGGAAAGUUAAUUUGACCAAUUGUAAAGUCCGACUCCCCCUGCCUCUCAGACACAGUUCCCACAAGGACUGACCCAGAGAGCUUGCAAUCAGAGAAGGAGUGUAACUAAAGCCGAGCACGGGCAGAAAAAGGUGAAGUGCCGAGCUCGGAAUAAGGUGCAGAGGCAGAGAAAGGCAGGAUUACACACAUGGCAGGUUAGAGAAAGGCGGUGAGAGAGAAGGAGAGGAUGGGAGGAAAAAACGACAGAGAGAGAGGCUUAAGAUUACAGAGUCGAGCACCUUUUGUUGCUGAGUUCAGUUGCGAUGGACCGCUUAAGUUUAGGGAAAGAGUGAAGGACUUCUUCAAUCCUCUACCAUAAAAUUAGUAGGACUGUGGAGGAUGUUAUCCUUCGCUGAUCAAACCUGUGCCUGAUUUUUUUUUUAAAGAAAAGAAAAGAAAGAAAAGGAACCCCAGACUUCGAGGAAGGUGAAGAAGAAGAAGAAGGUCAGAGUACUUGAUGUGACUGAUCUAAAGAUAGUUGGCAAAGGAGCCAAAGGAGGAGCAAAUGCAAAACCCCAGAGAAGUUUAGUAAGAGGGGGGAACAAGUGAUUGAGCCUUCAGGGUGAAUAACAAGUCAUGCAAGAACAAGAGUUAAGCCGGACAAGAGAGCACUGUUCAGCACAAGAGAGAGAGGGCGAGGGUAGGCUGCAGAAGCAGAGAUAAGCAGUCCACAGCAAAAUUAGUCUACAGAGAAAGAGGGGUUGACACCGGACUGAAGGGAGAUCAAGGUUGACUCAAGUCUUUGCUGCCUCUAACCUGAUUAGGGAGAAUAGUAGCGGCAGUGGAGGCGAGCCGGGAGACCCGAUCAACCGAAAGUGAGAGCCGGCAAGAGUAAAAAGAAAAAGAAUUACAAGAGGACGCUCGGUGAAAGAAGCCUCUUAAAUCUGGGAGCUGGAAUUAGAGCCGUAGGAACUGCAGAGGGAAAGCCACAAAACCACAGUGAAGAUGCCCACAAAUGGGAACCGUCCUUUGAAGCUGCAGUUUGGUCUAAUCAAUCACGAGGGUCGCUACCUUACUGCUGAGACCUUUGGCUUUAAGGUGAAUGCAUCAGCUCCCAGUCUGAAGAAAAAGCAGAUAUGGACUCUAGAGCAGGACUCCCAGGACAGCCAGGUGGUCUAUUUACGCAGUCACCUGGGACGUUACCUGGCCUCCAACAAGGACGGCAAAGUCACCUGUGAGGCAGAUGGCCACAAUUCAGACUGCCGCUUCCUCAUCGUGGCUCAGUCAGAUGGCCGCUGGGCGCUGCAGUCUGAGCAGUACCUCCGCUUCUUUGGCGGCUCUCGGGACUACCUGUCCUGCUUUGCCCAGGUGAUCACAGAUGCAGAGCUGUGGGCAGUGCACCUGGCUCUGCAUCCCCAGGCCAACCUGCUGUCUGUGGCCCGUAAGCGUUAUGCCCACCUCUCUAUGGAGGAUGGGGAAAUUGCUGUGGAUCUGAACAUUCCCUGGGGUGUGGCAGCGCUCCUGACCCUUGUCUACCAGGAAGGAAAGUAUUGCCUAAAGACCUGUGACAGCCGGUUCCUCGGCAAUGAUGGAAAGCUCUUAAUGGAGAGUGGGAGAGCCACAGCAUACACGUUGGAGCUGAAGUGUGGGAAGCUGGCCUUCAAAGACUGUGAGGGGAAGUAUUUGUCUCCCAUGGGUCCUACAGGGACCCUGAGGUCCGGACGAUGUUCAAAGCCAGGCAAAGAUGAACUAUUUGACCUGGAGGAGAGCCACCCUCAAGUAGUUCUGACAGCAGCCAAUGGGCGAUAUGUCUCCAUAAGACAAGGAGUGAGCCUUGCAGCCAAUCAGGAAGAUGAGACAGACAUGGAGACGUUUCAGAUGGAGAUUGACAAGGAAACCAAGAAGUGCACGUUCCGCACCAGCCAAGGGAACUGCUGGGCUCUGGUGGCUCAUGGAGGCGUCCAGUGUACUGCAACUGAAGUGUCAGCAAACACCAUGUUCUCAGUGGAGUGGCUUGGCCACAAGGUGGCACUAAAAGCCAGCAAUGGCAAAUACAUCUGUACCAAGAAAAACGGCCAGUUAGUCGCUGUCAGUGACUCCAUCGGGGAUGAUGAACAGUUCACUCUGAAACUCAUCAACCGACCCAUGCUUAUCCUUAGAGGAGAGAAUGGAUUCAUCUGCCACCACAGAAACUCGAACACACUGGAUGCCAGCAGAUCUGUCUAUGACAUUUUCACUCUGCAAUUCAGCAAUGGAGCCUACCAUAUUAAAGGUGCUGAUGGCCGGUUCUGGUACGUGAACAGUGCCGGGCUGGUGUGUUCAGAUGGCGAAGCCCCUGAGGAUUUCACUCUGGAGCUCCUUGAGCACGGUCGUCUCGCCAUCCGUGGCAAGAAUGGCAAAUACCUGCGUGGAGACCAGGGAGGCACACUUAAGGGAGAUGGACUCAGUCUGAGCAACUCAGCCCUCUGGGAGUACUAAUACAAACCAAUAUUAGUCUGAGUCACCUGAGUCCUAGCUCAUCUCAUUGUUGGCAUUAAGUGCUUAAUGUGAAUCUAAAUCACUGUUAUUCUUUUUCCUGUUGCAAAGAGCAUUCAGAGAGGCUCACAUAGCUAGGUGAGCAAAGACAGGACUGCAUAUAUGUAUAUUAGGCCAAGAGAAUCUCAAUGAAGUGAACAGUGUUUUGAGUGAGGAUUUUAACAAUUAGUGUUAAUGAACACUUAAUGUUUUCACAGAUUUAGUUAUUAGUAUGACAUAACAUAACAUAACAACAUAACAUAAAAUAACAUAACAUAACAUAACAUAACAUAA